GCCUCUCUCUCUCUUUCUCUCUCUCUCUUUCUCUGACGCCGCCUCGUCUCUUCCAACUCUUUCAUCUUCAUGGCAGAGCGCGGCGGAGAUCGUGGUGGCUUUGGGCGUGGGUUUGGCCGCGGUCGAGGUGACCGUGGCCGUGGCCGUGGCGACCGAGGCCGUGGGCGUCGCGGCGGCCGACGCGAGGAGGAGGAGAAGUGGGUGCCCGUCACCAAGCUCGGUCGCCUCGUCAAGGAGGGAAAGAUCACCAGCCUCGAGCAGAUCUACCUACACUCCCUCCCCGUGAAGGAACACCAGAUCAUCGACACCCUCCUCGGUGGCCGCCUUAAGGAUGAGGUCAUGAAGAUCAUGCCUGUCCAGAAGCAGACCCGCGCCGGCCAGCGCACCCGCUUCAAGGCCUUCGUCGUCGUCGGCGACACUGAUGGCCACGUGGGCCUCGGCGUCAAGUGCGCCAAGGAGGUCGCCACCGCAAUCCGCGGCGCCAUCAUCCUGGCCAAGCUAUCGGUUAUCCCCGUCAGGAGAGGUUACUGGGGGAACAAGAUCGGCAAGCCCCACACCGUGCCCUGCAAGGUCACGGGGAAGUGCGGGUCGGUCACUGUCCGCAUGGUGCCCGCACCAAGGGGGGCGGGGAUCGUUGCUGCCCGUGUGCCGAAGAAGGUGCUCCAAUUUGCUGGGAUAGAGGACGUGUUCACCUCGUCCCGUGGCUCCACCAAGACUCUGGGAAACUUUGUCAAGGCUACAUUUGAGUGUCUCAUGAAGACAUAUGGCUUCCUGACACCGGAUUUCUGGAUGGAGACUCGUUUCAGCAAAUCUCCCUUCCAGGAGUACACAGACUUGCUUGCAAAGCCAACCAAGGCAAUAAUUCUGGAGAACACCGAGAGGGUUGAAUGAAGCUUAGGAUGAUGAUGCAUGCCUUCUUUCAGUUUGCUUUGGCUUUAUUUUUUGACAAGGUAACGAGUUAAUUUACUUAAGUGUAUUAAUUUACUUCUCUUUUGCUUGGUGUGACAAUUUUAUGUUACUUUUAGUAUUUAUUUAUUUCACAUUCCGAGCUAUUAUUAUA